ACUCCACAAUCGACAAUCGUGACCGGUGGCGCUGUGUCGAUACAUAAAAAUGGCGUUAACGUUGUGGAGUUUGUAUGAAGUAGUUUUACUGUGUUUAAAUGCAGUAUGCAUAUUACAUGAGGAACGAUUUUUAGCUAAAAUUGGCUGGAGUUCGAAUCAGAAUAUUCAAGGUUUUGGGGAGCAACCGUCUGUCAAAUCACAAGUAUUGAAUCUUGUACGAUCAAUACGAACUGUAAUGAGAAUUCCCUUGAUUUUCCUGAAUAUUCUAACAAUAGUGAUCAAGCUCAUACUUGGAUGAUAGUGUGGAAGAUGAUGUGAAUAAUGUGAAAUACUACUAUGGUUAUGUACAACUGUGUUUAAAAACACUCCAUUUACCUAACAACAGACAGCAAGAUUUAAACACUAAGACAAGUGUGGUGUUGUGCGAGUUCAGUGACCAUCAGCAUUCCAUAAAAUAAAAAUUAUUUUUGCAAGAACAAACCACGUUUUCAAUGGAACUCUGUAUAAUACACAUGGAAAAUUGUUAAUAAAAUAAUUUAUUAUAUUUAUUCUA